AUGGCAGCAAAUACUGCCCAAACACAGUCCGAAGAUGCUAAAUUAUUCGCUGCAGCCAUCGAGGAAGCCCUCCAAACAUCUGAAGAUGCGCUAAAAUCAGCUGAAUCGAUGGAAAAACAGAUCACAGACCUCAUAAACGAAGAUGUUAGUGGUGGAAUCAGCUUGUACGACCUGAAGAAUCAUGAACUCUCGGCGUAUUUGUUGAAUUUGGGGAUUUUAAUGGCCAAGAUGUCACUUGGAGAAUCGAUUGAAGGGUCGAAAACAUUGGAUGAACUGAUCAAACUUAGAGUUGUAAGUUUUUACUAUUUUUGUUUUGUUUUUAGGUAGAUUAUGAGCUCUGGAGUUAGUUCAUGUCUUCACAAAUCUUUUUGACCAGUUAAACAGAAGUCUGACGUGUGAUUUAGGGCUAAAAAUCGUAAUCUUGCUCAUGACCAAGUGUAACAUAGAAUUUUGAGUUAUUCUCUAGGUAGAUGAAGAGGGAUGGCUACGAUUUUUAUCAGGUAGACAAAGAAUGAUUUCUUCUUGCUUAUUUUUGUUGUUUUUGCUAUUAUAAUGGAUGAGUAAUGUCUUAAUUUAUCCAUCUUUAUGUGCAUCAUAGCUUUUGUAGAAAUCGGUUAGAAAUCCACAAAUCUCUGGUUUAUGUCUUUCAAAAUGCGUCUCACUAAUAUGCUAUCGCAUUUCUAGGUACUUGAGCGAAUUCGACCGAUCGAAAAGAAGCUAAAAACGCAAGUCGAUCAACUUCUUCGAGGUGGAAAUGAAGAAGACAAGGAUUUGACGAUGCACGCUCGUCCCGAGAUGUUUAAUGCCGAGGAAAGCGAGGGUGAGGGCUCAGAGGACGAGGACUCAAAGGCAAUGAAGAAAUAUCAACCGCCGAAAAUGGUGCCCAUGCAUUUUGACGAGAAUCAAGAGGAAAAGAAGGCCAAACAGGUAAGAUUUUUCUUUGAAUUUUCGGAAUUUAGAUGUUCAAUCGAGCGUACUGGAGCAAAAAUUGUGUUUAUUAAUGCCAAUUGGCCUUGUGGAGGAUUGAUUUCCGCACUAAAAUGACCUUGUUUUAGUUGGAGAGAGCUCGAAAGAAGGCGAUGCAAUCCUCGCUGAUCCAAGACCUCCGAGCCCAAUAUUCCGAUGCUCCAACUCUCAUACGUGAUGGCCCGUCCAUGAAUCGAAUGGAACGGGAGCAGCAAAAGUUCGAGGAGCUGAAUUACACUCGUCUUCAGCUCAACAAACACGAAAAGAAGAUGACAAAGCGGAAGGAAAACAUCGAAACGCUGGACUCACUCCUCAAAUUCGGAGAUUAUAUGGCAAUGGACACGGUGUUGGAGGAUGGAGCUACCAAAAAGAAGUCAAGAGGGCAGAAACGUCGAGGCGGGCCCGCAAAACAUAAGGGGAAAAAGAAGAAGCACUAA